AUGAAGAUUCGCUACUUAAAUACAAUGACAGCUUACUUCGGAAUCUUCAAAGAGCCACGUGGCCUCAUUCGGCUACUUCAGUUCAUUUUUGCUAUCUUCGCUUUUGCUACUGCAUGUAAUGGUAGUUCCUCGUUGAUAAUUCAAUUUUCCAACACAAGCAAUGCAGAAGCCGACUGGUCCUAUCCUUAUAACUUACAAAAUUCUGUUAUUACUAUAGCCAUGUUAUUAUCCCUUGCAUUUGCCGUCAUGUACGUCCUCAUGGACCGUCAAUACCGAAAUGACGAGCGUUUCCCAAUCAUUGAUUUAGUUAUUACCGUCAUUUGGACAAUUUUUUGGAUUGCUGGUAGCUCAGCAUGGGCACAAGGCGUCACAAAUAUCCGUAGCGCGACUUCAUACGAUAAUGUUGUACAACAAUUUUCCACUUGUAGUUCUUUAGGAUGUACACAAGUUCAAUCUGGCACUUAUGCUAACAUUAUUGUUUCAGUUAUAUUUGGAUUUUUAAACUUUUUCCUUUGGGCUUGUUGUAUUUGGUUCGUUUACAAGGAAACACGAUUCUUCAAGAGUCGCACAGCACAACAACAACCACAACAACAAAACAAUUUUUCGAAUAUUAGUGCUCCGAGCAUGUAUCCACCUCCUACAGCACAAACUCAAAUGCCUGGAAGUAUGGGUUAG